AUGCGUGCUCAAAAUAUCUCUGUUAGAGUAGUCGGUCCCGGGAGGAAAACAGUCAUAUCGCUAGACCUUGGUUUGUAUCUGCCCGCCACACGAUUACAGAUGGCCCGAUGCGAGCUCAAGAACAUUCUCCUUCGACCAGGGGAGCUGCAUGUGGUUAUGGCUAUGCUGAGGACCAUUGGGUCAUAUAUUGACAGUAGCGGGAUAGACAUGUGCUGGAUCGAGUCAGAACUUUAUGGCCCCUCCACUGUUAAACAGAUAAUCGAUGGCAAGCAUGUUAAGCACGGUAAAAGAGCACACAUGAUCACCUUACAGGCUUUAUUUUCCUUAUACCUGGAAGCAUUUCUAGAAGGCUCUCUUGAUGUACGUUGUACCCUCGAGGAACUCUCUACGAAAGUAGGAGAUGAGUGCAAAGAAGGCACUAAGGAGAACAUCCAGACGGCACACCAUAGCUCUACCAACGCGAUCACCUCUUCUGAAGUAGUCAAGAAGAUGUCUGAUUUUGACGCUGCGAAUGACACAAAUCCUCUCUUUACUGUAUUUCGCCAAUACACGCGCAUGGUAAUGGAGAUGUUCGCAUUCAUCCAGGCAGUCCGCAGUGGUGAUUGGAAGCUCCAUCUUAUUGCACUGGAGUUGUUCACAAAGUACUUCUUUGUGCACGACAAGAUCUGUUAUCUAAGGAUGAUCCCCCUGUACCUAGCUGAAAUGGCAUCCCUCGAAUCAUCAGACCCCGAGAUCUAUGGAGAGUUCAUCACAGGAAACUGGGUAGUGAACAAGAACAAGGAGGUUCCCUUCUGUGUUGUUGGUGGUGAUACUGCGUUGGAACACCUCAAUCGAUCUAUGAAAGUUUCUGGUGGGCUUGUAGGCAUCACUUUGAAUGAGAGCGCACGAGCCAAGUUUUUCCUCAUUGCCCCAGAACUAGCCCGACUCACAGCAGAAGCCAAGGCAAUGGAGGGUCUCGUUCCGGAACGUGCACACCAUCAAGAACUAAACUCAGCUGUUUUGACGCACAAAGAUAACAGCAUAAAUAAGUUGUCCGAGACAACCAAGACCUUCAUCAAUCCCUUUUCAUCAGACCAGAACACCAACACCGAUCUGUACAACUUGGUCACCAAAGUUGUGAUGAAUGAGAAAAUGAAGAAAGAUCUUGUUAAUCAGAGUGAAGAAGGGAGAAGGCUAUUCAGUGCUUUUGUACAAGAUAGGAUCAAGACAGGAAAGAUCAACCUCUGGGCUCCUGUAAAGAGGCGCAAUCUUCUUUCCUGGAAAACGCGUGCUAAUGUCAUCAAAGUCAAAGCUAAAGACGAUCAUCGAGUUAAAGGAGGACAGAAAUCUGUUUGCCCGUUUGGCGAUGGUGUGCAAGAGCCGCCCAGAAAUUAA